CUCGACAUCGUUCUCGUUCUCAAUCAUCAUAGGCGCCAUAACAAUAAACAAUUAUACACAAUCUAAAAGUAUGGUACAGAGCACGGAAGGAACUGGCUCGUAUGUGUAUUUGUGGAGGCAAGACUGGUUCACCAGCUAUGACACUGCGUCUCCAGAAUUCCUGACUUGGUUAGGGUUCCGAAGUCGGCAGUUGCGACAUCACCAAAAUUUAAGCUUAUCGAUAAGGAAGGGUCCAGGGUCCAGAGGCGCCCGUCUCCACAUUCAGCGUCACAACAAACACCUGUGACACCAUAGGCUGUGAAAUGGACAACUUGACGCCGUCUGAUCUCUUCUCGCCCUCCAAAGCCAAGCAGCAGCGUGCGAGAGCUCAGGACUGGGCACAUAUCGAUUCAUGGCUGUCAUACAAGUACGCCGGGCGAACGGUGCCCGCAUUCGAGCGCAAUGAGGAGACGCUGAAGGUACUGCGCGAGUUGUCAAUGGCAAACGAGAGAGCAGAUGAGGAGCGCAUUAUCAUGGAACGCCUAGAACGCGAGGCCUUGAAGGAGCUAGACGAGGUCACCGCCAACCCCAGCGACGCUCACAUCCUCUCCACUCUGCGCGCACACCUCACGCCCGAAGGCUCAACGGCCCUGACCGCCCUCACAUCGACGACCCUCGCCCUCUCGACCCCAACACCAGACCCGCAGGCCCUCGCCCACGCCCUCGUCUCGCACACCACCACCACGCAGAACCUCACCAACCAGCUCACCCACAUCCAAAACCUCCAGCAAUACCUCUCCAAGCAGCACGACUCGCUGCGCGCCCAGCUCACCGAACUCCAGACCAACCCGGCCUUCUCCGCCCCGUCCUCGCUGCAACGCCAGACCAUCGAACAAACCAGGCAGACUAAGCAUCUCCGCUCCAAGAUCCGCGAGGCCGAGUCGCAGCUCUCGUCUCUGCAGUCCAGUCACGCGCGCGCGAUGACGCCAGCGUCGAAGAAUAUAGCGUCUGCGGAGGCGAUAACAGAGAUGUUGGAGCAACAGCGGGCGCUGGAGGAGCUGAGGGAAAGGGUGGAAGUGCUGGAAGAUGAGGUCGAGGAGUUUGGGGGGCUGCCAGCGGAUUUGGCAGCUGCGAGGAAGGAGGUGGGGCGGUUGGAGGUCAGGUGCGAUGAAGUCAGGCGGCGAAGAGAUGAAUUAUUUGAAGGGCUUGUGGGGUGAUGACGCCUGAAUGAGUGUCUAAAGUACAGAAGAAAAAUCACAAGCUGCGCCCAUUUGUCACGAUGUAUAUCCCCUGGUU